GGUAGCCCGUACUGGCCAAGAUUCCGGGUGGCAGCCCCGCACGUCUGAUUCGCCAGCGCCAGAUUCCUCCCCGCCAUUCCGUCCGACGGGCGAACGUCCGUCCGUCUGGUGGUGGCGAGAAGGGAGUGGUGGAAGCGCAACACGUGGGGUGAGGCACCGAGGCAGCAGAAAGAGCGGGGGCCAGCUUUGUCUGCAUCUAUGAUUACGUAGUUCUCUUCGCCCCCAUUGACGACGACUUUUUCCUUCUCAUCUCAUCCCAACCCAUCCCCACUUCUUUGUCUCGAUCCGAUUCAAUUGAUAUCGUUUUUAUGGCAUGGGUCCAGCCUUCGCUCGCUCCCCCGCGCCCCGACUUAAUCACCAUGGCCACUUUCUUGAACUUCUGAUCAGCAAUCGGCAGAAUCAAGCCGCAGCAGGCAUCAACCAGCCUGCUCCUGUACUGCCAUGCUGCUGGUGCUAGGACUGCAAGUCGCAUCGCCAGCCAGGCACGCAGGCGGGCGGGCGGGCGCGCGGGCGGCCUCGUAGUCGUCGGGCUGGAAACUUGGGGUCCGAGGCUGCUUACGUUACGAUGGUGUGGUUUCUUGGCGCGCGCUCGCCAGGGGCCGCUUAUAGAAUUUCUUUGUUCUGUUGGUACGAAGAUUGAGGGAGAGGGCCAGAGGGGAAUGGGGAAUGGGGGCGCUGCUGCUGCCGCCUUAUCCAAGAAAGUGACUCGGGGCAGAAAGCGAGUGCCAAAAUUUCGCGAUGAACUCGCUGCGGUUGAAAGUGCCAUCCGACUUACUCUGCUACUAACAAGGAGCCGCGCUCCUUUUUUCUCUUAUCGUUCAAACUUAACUCCCCAUGCUGCUGGUCAGGCCAGAGGGACAUUGACAUCGUUUGGACAGGAAGAUGUAUGCUUUUUUUAACAUUUGACCAUCUUUCUUGCGGGGCCUCUUCGCCGUGGAGGACAAAUGGCUUUUUACUGUCAUUAUUCUUUCGAUUCGGUUGUGCUCAUGUAUGUACAGGGCGGGGUUGCUCAUUAGCCCUUGUUCCCACGUAGUUCUUUGGAAGUCCUCUUCUCUCGUCCACGACAUGUCCACUCCCAUCCCAUGUCUGCAUUCCUGAUGCCUUUUCGCCCUCCCUUGUUUCUCUGCAAAAUCUAAGCCAAACAAAGAGGCGAGCUGAACUGGAUUUGAACUGUUGGGUCUGGCGAGCAAAAGUGACCAAAGAUCAUUCCUUGUUCCCCUGCCAAAUCUUGGAUAAAGCUUUCUAUUUCG